UGUGCUGAAGUAAUAGUUCUUUCGUCCCUUCACGAUCUCUUUGCCAUCGUCGUUGAUCAAGUAAGGUUUUCCGUUUGGUUCCGAGUUGUUCACACGGUGCACAAACUCGAAGCUCGGUGCUAUCACCUGGCGUAGACUCUACGGCCUGUGCUCCCUGCAUGCUGGCGAUUUAGUCCGGCCGGCGGAAACAUUCCCAUACGGGCCAUAGGAUAUUGGGUUGCAGCAAGUAUUAGUUCUGCUCCCACGGUGUAUGACGGUUCAGAGUGCAGCACAUCACUAAUAUGGAUGUGGACAGUCCUGGCGCUGAUGACGCAUCACGGGCUGUUCGACCAAAUAAUGAUCCCAAUGCAGCUGCUCAGCAGCAGCAGCAGCAACCCAUCACUGAUGAUUCGUCCACCAUAUGUGUAGUUGAACCAUCGUCAACCCAACCAGUGGACAGCAAUGGUACAGUGACUGCGGUGCAUCUGAAUGAGAGUGGUUCACAGCAAAGUCAUGCAAACCUGGACAGUCAAAGAUCUGAACUUUCUCCAACUCUUCAACCAACUGGAACUCCAAGUCUGGUUGCACCCCGUGGGUAUGUCAAUAAUAAUGGCGACGCCAUGGAAGGCAUGACUGCAACAGUACACACCACAGCAAACACCAAUGAAAGUGUUGGGCAUUGUCCAAACCAGCCUGGUGGCGAUGAUAUACCAAUGGACACCAGUAAUGGUAUUGAACACCAUGGAAAUGUUCAAGGAAACGCUCAGGCAAUGUCAAUGUCGAAUGUGGAUCAAAGCAUGCCAGCUGAGAGUGUGACGAACAUGCCUGCGCCAAGUGCGCAUAAUCAGCACCCACCAAGUGUUUUGCAGCAGCUACCACCACAGCAGCAGCAACAAGCAGAGCUGCAACAACAACAACAACAACAACAACCGCCACAGCAGCAGCAACAGCAACAACUACCAGUACAGCAACCACAGCAAUCACCUCAGCAACAACUAAUGUCACAGCAGCAACUACCACCACCAAAGCGGCAACUACCGCAAUUACCUCAACAGCAACAAGAACCACCACGGCCACCACAACAGCAGCAGCAGCAGCAGCAGCAGCAGCAACUGGAACGACCACCACCAAAGCGGCAACUACCACAAUUACCUCAACAGCAACAAGAACCACCGCCACCGCGACAGCAGCAGCAACCGGAACGGCCACCACCACAGCAGCAGCAGCCACUACUGCCACCACAAAAGCAGCAGUCAUCGUUGCAGCAUCAGUAUCAACAGCAAAUGCCAUACCCAACACAUCCGCAGCAACAUCCAUCGCUGCAACAAUGGCCACAACAGCACCACCAAGGUAUGCAGUCACAGGCUCACACGAAUCAACCGCAACAUAAUCAGCAUCAGCAGCAACAACAGCCCCUGCAACAGCAACCACACGCACUGCCUCAGCAGAAGCAGCAGCAACAACCACCACAGUUACAGCCACAGCAGCAGACCCAGCAACAAGUUGCAAACGUGUAUGGACAGGCAACGCUACAGCAAGAGAAUCAGCAGCCGCCUUUGAAUGGCCAUGCUUUUGCCUCAGGUCAAACACCUCAUCCGUUUCAGCAUAGCCUGAACCAAGGCAUGCACACAGCACAGCCUGGCAUAAUGUCACAGCAGUACACAGCAGUGAUCCCUUCCGAGCACACAGCACCACACUACGGUCAAGAUUCCGAAGGAAGCCACUAUGCUUCACCGUUAAGCUUGUCUGGUAGCAGUAUGAGCAGUCUUCACUCUGCUGCAUCACUAGCCUUAGCAUCACUGGCAUCAUUAUCGGUGGCUCCGUUCCAAGAUAGCCAGCAAUGGCAGCAGCAGCAGCAGCAGCAGCAGCAGCAACAGCAGCAGUCAUCUAUGUUAAGUGCAGCACAAAUGAGCGGCAUGAGCUCUGCUCAGCAACACCAGUUUAGCCAGUUCUUACAGUGGCAGCAGCAGCAGCACUCACUCUCUUCUACCUCUAUGCCGCUUAUUUCCCAUGCGAAGGACCAACAACCCUUCCAGGGUCAAAGUCAAUUUUCACAACCGUCCCAUGAGAAAAAGGUCCCUGCCUUGGGACAACAACUCCCACAGAGCUCUAAUGGACAGUUGCCUCUGCCAAGCGCUCCAGCAACAAUGACCGGUGCUGUGCAGUAUCAAAGUGCGCCUAGUCCUACACCGGCAGGUAGCAGCGCUGCUUCUGCAGGACUACAGGAGUGUGAUCAGUGUGAACAGUCGCCGGCAGUGAGUAAAUGCGAUGAUUGCGACAUGUUGUACUGUGGUAAGUGCUGGGAUGAUGUCCACAGCAUCGGCAAGCUUGCCACCCAUCACAAACUGCCUCUUCCAAAAAUCGUCAAAUGCUGCAAAUGUACGACGGCUGACGCGACACUGCACUGUCAUGAUUGUGAUGUCGACUUCUGCACAGCAUGUGACAUUGCCAUGCACCGAAAGGGCCGACUUAAGACGCACAACCGAGUGAGCCUAGCAGUAGAAGACGUCUCUCAAGAAGCACCUCCAAGAAAGUUGUCCGCCCGCCUGUGUGACAAGUGCUCGAGUUCCUAUGCGGAUGUGCACUGUGCCGAUUGCUCACUUCAUUACUGCCAAGCAUGUGACACUGGAAUGCAUAGCAAAGGCAAGCGCCAACAGCAUGUACGAGUGCCAACAACUCCAUCAGCAAUACCUGAUGCUGUUAAAGCCACUGAGCCCCAGCCAAGUACGGCCAAUGUCACUUCCAGGCAACAGCAAGAUACCACACAACCAUGCAGCAUCCUCAGCCCACCACCAGCGGUUGUCCCAGCUGCAUCAGAGCAAAGUGGUGGGUCACAGGUAUCAGCCCCACGCAGAACUACAGCAGGUGUGGAGAGCAGCAACGCGGAUACUAGUGCCAGGCAUCCAGAAACCAGCUCUGUUGGAAAUCAGCAACAGAACGCGCCUCAGGCAGAGAUCACAAGUUCAUCAGCGGCGCAAACAUCCGCACAAUCACCCCUCACUGCUGUCAAAGCCAUCGGCCCUGCCGCACCACAUCAAUUGGUUGUUGCUGGAAGUGUUGCAUCCCCUCCAACGGCUAAUGCUACGGCCUCAUUCACAGUGCUACCAUUGCUGAAUGUGCAUUGCGACACACAGGAUACGGGCACACUCAUGCAGAAAGUGCUGGUAUCAGAUCAAGGCUUGUAUGAAGUCGCCAGGCUCAGCAGUAGUAGCGGCAGCAGUGAUAGAAGCAGCAGCACUGGCUAUGACGGCAGUGGCAAUAGUAGAAGAAACAGCCAUGGAAUGGAAAGGCAACGCUCUCGCGACUCCCAGCACUCGCUAGCAAUGCUGAAACAUGAGCACCUGCACAAAAACACUGUGAUGACAGUGGGUCUUUAUGGCAACAAGGGAAGAAUUGCAGCUUGGCUUCGGGAGCGCCAACUUGUGGAUGCACGAUCACUGCGCAAGCUGAUGGACGACACUGAUCCAGGUAUCUAUUGUCUCAGCAAUGGUGGUAGUGUCCAGUAUCUGCUGCUCCGUCCCACGGAUAAUGCAUUCACGGAAAUGUCUCGAAAGAACCUCAGCUGCAACAUGGUCCGCUAUCUUCUCGAGCUCUGUGAUGAGAUCUUGGUCUUUUUUGCUGAGAGCGAAUUAUCAUUGUUCAACCACUUUUCUUUUGGCAACCAGCGUGUGAAGAAGCGCACGCAAAAGCUAGUGGUCAGCUUCCAGAAGGAAUCAGAUGAAGACAUCAUCUUGAAAGAUGGUUUCUGUGUGGAGUUGAAGAGUGAUGCUCUGCGUAUAUCCACCGCAACUGUUACGCUAUGCCAGAGCGCGUACGCACGUGCUCUCCAUGUGGGCCAGUCGGUGCCGCGGGUUGUGGAAUUUAUGCCACAACAAGGACACCACCUGUACCUGAAUGAUGCAGCUGAAUUUCUUCGGGUGAAGAAAGAAGGGUUCCGGAUUGUGUUUGGACACCGUAUCACUGGUCAAAGUAUUCUAGAGUUGUGCCGUGCUGUAAUUCCAGAACUCCAACCAGUAGUGGAGACAUAUGACAAGAGCGUGAUUGCUUUUGAAGAAGACUUGAAACAAAAGCAACGGGAGCAGCGGGUGAAAGAAGAGGAGCACCGUGGAAUGCUUCUGAAGCAUAUUGGGAAGGCAGUGACAUUGCAUAUUAUCGAAACCUGUCCACUUGCAAGCUACCUUUUCACUGACAUUGCUCUUCUGCUCAAGGCCAAACCGCAACAAGAAAGAGCAAUGUGUUCUAUCUGCCAUGAGAUAUUUACUGACCCGUCUGAGUUGAAAUGCCAGCAUGGCUUCUGCAAAGAAUGCUUGCUCGGGCAUGUUCAAGCAAAUGGGAAAGAGCUUGAGGAUGGAUCCUGGGAGUUCAGGUGUCCUAUGUGCCGUGAGUCCUACACUCUCGAACUCGAUGCACUGCCCAGCGCCAGUCGUGCUUUUAAUGACAUUGUGGAUAUAGCCAAAGCAGACGAACAUGCAGCUGAAGUACAAGAGUCCGAAUUCAACCUCAUGAAGGACUCGAUCAGGUUUGUUGAAGAGCGCUGGAAGUCGGCAAGCACUCAUCGUUCCAAGCGCUCAAGCUAUAAAGAAGGAAAUUUCAGGUCUCAGUUGUCUAAACUCGAAGCCAUGGAAAUGGCAUGUGCUACGUACUCCAUAGCUGAGGAGAAGAAGUUGUUGAGUCUAGAUGAAAGCACACACUCGAAGAAUCUCAGCAAAUUUGUUGCAGCUGCAGGAAGGAGUGGACAGAGUUUUGUUCAAAACUUCGCGAAAAAGAGAUGCAUUCGUUGGACAUUGACUCCUGGCUCUUUUAGCAAAUGUUUGUCUGAAGAAGACUUCAAAAGUGCUCAAGCAGAAAAACUGGAGUUGUUUCGCAAAUCACCCACAUCUUGUCAUAUCUCAAGCAUUUUCCUGGCUGAUGACUGCAAGGAGGUGGCAGAGCAAAUCCGUGAAUCCAUGGUUCGAUUGCUUGAGAGUGACUGCUUGGUGCCUACUGGCUCUGCACAGAAGGCCUCAGAUACUAUCAGGUAUGAGACAGUAGGUGAGUACCGGAAGAAUGCUCUCUCGCUUGCAGUGAAACAGAUCAAAAGUUACUUUGAUGAUGAGUCCGAACAGAGACUGCAAAUGGAGAUCGAAACCCUCACCAUACCAAGGGCGAUAGCAUCAUUCCACCAAAUACAUCUCUUUGUACGCGAGCAGCGCCAGUCGGCGGUAACUCAUGUUCAACAAUUGUAUACAUUUGAUCCACUGAAGCCAGACCUGGAAAAGAUGGAAGUGAAUGCUGGCUUUGUUGCAGAACCGCAAAUCAAGCUCUCCAGUGCUAACAUCCCUUUGGAUCCAACAUUUCAAUCUCUGCUCCAGCUUUACUAUCUGAAGACUAACAAGUUGUUGGCAAUUGUCCAGUCCACGAAUGGUUCUCAUCAUCAAGUAGGGACAUGUGUUCACUUGCUUACUCCGAAAAACCACAAGAAUGGCUACCCUUUGUCAACGACUGGAUUCCAAGUAAAGCGAGACACCGUGGACUUGGUCGACUUUGACGAGGACACACGCAUGGUGGCAUUCCAUUUUCCGAACCUGAAGCGAAUCAAUAUCUUCAGAUUUGACCCUGACUGGAAGCAAUGGAGCUUGAGAUGUGAUGUCGAUGUGAAGGAACACAAAGGCGAUGCAUUACUUACUCAGCUUUUCUUCGUGCCUGGCCAGGAAAAGCUAUGCUUGCUGGAUGAGUAUGGCCAGUGUCAUAUAUAUGAUGCUCAGGACAAGGUCAUGAAGAAACGCACCAUCCGUGUGGAGCAUCCUGUUCAGAGAGCAAUGGCAUCUCUUGAUGGAUCAUGUCUGCUAACAUUUCAAGCCCAGGAACCUCGGUGCACCAAGAGUGGGUCAGGGACAACAUCAAGUCCAGGUGCCACACCAUGCGCAGCAAACAGCAACCCAGAUUGUAAGGUGGAGAGUUGUGUAUCGAGUCCCGCAACUGAGACUGAACCAGUGGAUGCUGUGGACACAGAUUCUUGUGCCGAUACAGACGAAGUCACCAAUGGACAUGACAGUGUUGAUUCAGCGGAUGAGCUGUAUGCUUCAGAUGGUGACUCUGCUGCAGGGCAAUGUGAAGCUGGUGACACUGAAGAUGCUGAAAUGCACUCUGACAGUGACACGUGUGAUGAGCCCAGUGAGCCCGAGGUCGUUAUGCAUGUCUAUUCUUUAGUCAACUUGAAGCUGAUCAAGACUGUCCACCUAGACCGUGAUCAAUUCCCUCCAGCAUGCAUACAAACUAUGCAACUAAUGCUCAUGGGUCGGCAGAUGCAUCUGAUUGCAUUCAACAAGGAACACCAUCAGCUACGAUCUCUUCUCUUAGACAUCAGGUCAGCAAGAAGUGUCUUCAACAUGACUGACCUGGAGCGUUCCAUGCCCAAAGCCAAGCCGUCGCCCGAAUCACCAACGAAUGCCCCCUCCAACUACCUGGACUAUUUGUACUUUGUGUACGACAAGUUCUGCAUCACUGACUGUCUAUCCACCAGCCGAGCCAGCAUACGCCUCAAUUGUAUCCUGGAUAUUCCUGCUGAGCGUGUUCGACAGCUGCACCCAGAUUGUUCUCCAGACACGUACGUGAAGAAGCUGUUCCAUGCUUUGGAGUCCAGCACGCACAAGCCAACCCAGAUGCUCCAUGUCACGACACAGAACACUGCUUUCACCGACAGUGUGCAUCUUAGCUUUGCCGAUAGCGCUGCAGCGGCUGCUGCACCGGCAUCGAUCUCUGACUGGCUGCAGCGGGUUAUCUGCCUUGUGCCAAUCCAGAUUGCACGCGCAGAGCAGAACAUGUUGACAUUGUUUGCUGAUGGCAUGAAGAGUGAUGCGGCAUUGUCGGCCCAUACCGUCUUUGACUUGCAAGACAGCAUACAGCUUGGUCUGUAUGAAGCACUUCUUGAUGAUUGGCCUGGCCCUGUGAAGGUCAUCUCAAGCAUGGGAAAACAGAGUACAGGCAAAAGCUAUAUGCUCAACCAUCUGACAGGCUCUCUGUUUGAUAUCUCAGGUGAUCGAUGCACAGAUGGCGUGUGGCUGACGCUUCGUCAAGGCCAAGACUGUUUGUAUGUAGUGCUCGACUUUGAAGGACUUGGUUCCAUGGAGCGUACAGAGCAGGAGGACAUGUUCUUGUCAGUGAUGAAUGCUGCCAUCAGUGGACUGACUGUCUUCAAGACCGAGUUCCGUGUGGAUCAAGAUACCCGUAACAUGCUGAGUCGAUUCAGAGAUGGCGUGGAGUUGAUCAAGGGUGACGAGCGAUUGUUGCGAGGCUGGUUCUAUAUCAACAUCAAGGAUGUGGACAAAAGAGAUAUCGAAGACUUGCAAAGUCAUUUCAAACGAAAGCUGGAAGACAUCUGCAAGGAAGAUGAGAACAACUUCCUGACAAAGAUGUACCGUGGGCAGUUGGCUGUACAAACGUUUCCAACGUUGGGCAAUGUGGAGUUCUACACUGAACUUGACAGCAUUCGUCUUCACUUGGAGUCAAAUGCUACACCAGCCUUCCAAUCUGGCCGAGAGUUCAAGGAAGUGCUAAAACUAUUGAUGGCCAAGAUCCACAUGCAGGAAUGGUCUAGCUUUGACCGCACAUCAGUAGCUCUGAAGGUGGAUCGCCUACAGCGUCACUUGCAAGCAGCUAUAGAGUUUGGCUGUGCCCGGAAUCACAACAACGAAGACGAACCACUCCUGCUCGCGAGUGGUGAAGCUGUCACUGAUCAUGAUUUAGUACUGGAGUCUGGGGAAAGUGUGCCAAACUGCCUGGAUAGUGGUGUGGAGCUGCGUGGCUCUCAGGAGAAGGUCUUGCUCGAGUCACUGCUUUCUGUCUUCUCCAGAAUAAAUGUAGACAGAAGAGUGUGUGAAGAUGUGAAAGCAUGGACGAGCGGUUUCCAGAGCUUUGUGCACGCUCUGUGUGAGAGACGCAAGAAGAGAAUCACCGAGUGGGUGAACAGUCAUGUCGGUGGAUACAGUGAUGAUGGCGAUGUGAGGAUUCUGCAGAAGGAAGUCAAGGCUGACCUGUCUCGCUUACGUGAGAACUGGCAACUCUGUGAAGCAAAGUGUGCGCAUUGUUUCUACCCGUGUUUGCUGAAGAAGUAUCACGAGUCUGAUGAGCAUGAUUGUUUAGGUGACCAUCGCUGCCAUGAGUCUUGCACUUACUGUGACGAAGCAGAGGAAGAUGAUUCUCUGGAAGGUACUGCUAGUGCUGACAAUGCGCAGACCCCUGAGGGCAACGUAGUUGUGCAGGACUCACACAGUGAUUCAGACAUGGAUGUAGCAGAAGAUGGGACUGUGUGUAGCGAUGCGGUGAGGAACGACGACGCUCCGCGUCCUGAUUUGCAGAAUGCUGUCCCGUACUCUGCUCAGCAAUGUCGUGACCAAGCGGGUCACGCCGGUCGACAUGAUUGCAAGGUACGCAAUCAUACUUGCGGUCAAAUUUGCCACUUGUUUGGCAAGGACAACUGUAACCGAAACUGUGUCAAGAAGAUAGGUCAUGAACGAGAUCCAAACGAUGGUGAACAUCUCUGCAAUGCUGUGCAACAUCUGUGUGGGGCUAGCUGCACCUUGCCUGGCUGUGCUAACAAGUGCAUAAGUCCAUAUGAGAUGACUCAUGACAGGCAUGCUUGCCGUGACCUGGCCUGUCCAGAAACGUGCGCCAUGGAUGGCUGCAACAACAAGUGCCAGGAGACCGAUGACCACUUCCACGCUCUAAUCAGUGAUGGACAACCUGCCCAAGUCAACCAUUUCUGUGGACAGGAACACGUCUGUCCUAAGGAAUGUGACAUUGAAGGAAUCUGCUUCAUUUCUUCUGAGCGCAAGAUAGAAGAGCGUCGCUUUAAGACAUCGGCCGGUGAUGAGUUCACGUACAAGAGUGUCACCGAUCAGAAUGGAACGCGCAAGAAAUGCUGUAUCAUGAUCCCUCCAAACGAGAAGGAGCACGGAGGUGAUCAUCGCUGCACGCCAUCCGAUGUGAACAAGAUACACUUCUGUGAUCGCAGGUGUCCAUCAUGUGACUACUUCUGCACAUUGAAAUACAAUCACGAUGAGGACUUGCACGCAACUGAUCAUGGAAACAUGAGGCUGACUCAUGUGGUGGCUGCUGAGGAUGUGUUUGUUGUGGACAAGCGUCGUUAUGGUCAAGGUGACAGUGGUGAGGCCGAAAUGUGCAACUUCCACUGUAAGAGUCUUGGACGAGGACAUAUCCAUCUCAGGGUGUGUGAGGAUAGUGCUCGGAGCAGUGAAGAGUGCACAGUUUCCGAAGCGGACGGCAAACGUCAUGAAACAGAAAAAUACGGUCCCAAUGAGGAUAUUCCAAAAGAUGAGCUGACACACGAUGCAUUCUGGAAGGCCAUCCGGUUUCAAGACCCUUGUACUCCCGAAGAUCGAGAUUCAUUCAGGCAGUGUCCAAUACGCUGUAUGGCUGAUGAACAUCAACAGUCAACCAGCGAUGAUCAGCCGACUGAAUCAUAUUGUACAGAGAAGUUGUGGCAUGCUCCACUCUCGCAAAGUGACUCGCCUCGAUUCGGUGGUGUUGGCCACGUUCACAGCAGCGGUCAUCAUUUCAAGUGCGUCCAUGCCGGUGCUGGGCCACUACAUCAUGUCUUGGUUGUGGACCGCUCUGGAUCAAUGAGCUCUGGAGAUGCUCAGCCCGCCAAUCAUUAUCUACAACAGUCACAUCCUAAUCGUCUCGGAGCUGUUCUCGACGCAUCCUAUCAAUACCUUCAGUUGCGUUCUGGGAAAUCUCAGAAUGAUCUGGUCUCGUUCAUUGCGUUUGAUGACUGUGCAACAACGGUCUUUUCUGGACAACCACUUCAGCCAAGUGCUCUGUUUGAGAGAAUGAGAUCUGUGGGAAUUCAAGGCUGCACUAGCUUUAGCCCAGCUUUGGACCGUGCCAGCGAGGUGAUUGAAUCAGUGGAGCGCUCGGGUACGCGUGGCUGUGUCAUUGUCUUCCUAAGCGACGGUCAUGGGUCGUUCAGUGAAGACAGCCUGCGUCGUCUCUUACAAGGGCGCAUCAAUCGAGGGAAAAGCAUGGUGCGACUUCAUACCAUCAUGUUUGGUGGGGGAAGCUCCUCAGAACUGAAGCGCAUGGUUGAGAUAGUGAAGUCGUUUUCGCAAGGAGACAAGUUUGCCAGUCAGAGUUCAUACAGUGCAACGGUGGGUGCUAUUCAGCUGGCCGAACAUUUUGAGGCGCUGGCCAGUUCCCUAAACAAGGGUGGUUUCCUUGUCAUGUAGACGGUGAGACGCGCACAGUAGGCCGUGCACAAUUGCAUGCUAUCAUAUGUAGCUUCUGAUGUUUUGUUUCUAACCUAUACAGUGAGUUGGAGUAAUAUACACUGCCAUGUCGAAUUCUUUCACACUUGUUAUUUGAAGACCUUGCCAGGCUGGUUCACUCUGGCCUUUUCCUUUUUUAGAUGAGUUUCCUGUUGCCUUCAUGCACGUGGCGCACCUACAGAGCACGAACCACAAUAGUUAUUUUUCUCCCAACUGCUUUUUUUUCUCUCUGCACUGCGUUGGCUCUCUCUGCAUUUGCAUGCUCCUGUAGGGCCCGUUUCCUGCCAGGAAUUGUUCCGUUUAUCCAGUAGUUUUCUAGUCCUUGUGGUUGAUGCUGCCGAUCUAGGAUUUUAGCCAAUUUCACCAGCCUCUUAUUAAACAUUGUGACUUCAGUAGGAGUAGUAGUAGCACUGACUUUCUAACUUCAUUUUUUUACUAGGUUUUCUGCUUUUUAAUUUUCUCGAUUAGUCUUCUUCCGAGUUGUGCUUUCAAUCCAACUCUCACCUUUGGCUCAGGGAGUAUAGUAAAGUAAGCAUUCCACAUGGCUGUUUAUGUGGAUGGGCAUUGUGCAGAGAAUAUAGUGAGCUUGUACUGACACUCGGGGAACAGAUACUUGAAGUAAUUAUUUGCUUCAACAUACAUGUAGUGUGUAAAGUAGUAACUUCUCCAA